AAUUGUGUGCGAUGGAAUACUCAAUGAAUCAUUUUUUGCCCGAAUGGUAAGUUUUGGUAAGUUCAUGGUUGUUCCCUCUAUGUUCAACAACAAAGAGGACGUGGUAAUGCUGGUAAGUGAGGAGGAGAUACUGAGCCUGGUAGGGUUUAUUGCUCCGGUUGAGGUUGUUUACGUGUUGGGGAAUAUUUUGAUAUGUGGUUGUCAGGAUAAAAGUGUUGUUUUGUGGCGACAUGAGCAUCACUACAAAUUGCGAGAAAAUUUGUAUGAGGAUGAGAAAAGGGGGAGUUGGGUUGAUGAUAGCAAGGGGAAGGAUAGCAGCAAGAUGUGUUUGGUGGAUAAGGGUUAG